AUGUCAAAGACACUCUUCGUCGCUGUCCUCGUCGCGUUGGCCGAGGCUCGCUUCGGCCAGGAGCAGAUCCCCGUUGCGGCCGUGCAGGCCCUGUCCGACUUUGGCAACCCCGGCGACGCCGGCACCCUCUCCGGCCAGGUCCCGGGCGUCCUGCUCGCGGCCGCCAACCCCUGUGCCAAGGUAAGAGACGCUUCUCGAGCUGCUCUUCCCCCAGGCUCGUCACUGUCUAGAUGGGGAAAAGGAUGUGAAACACGAGAAUGCACCAGUGCUAACCACAUCUCUCCCAACAAAAAGCUCGAGCUCGCCGACAAGAUCGUCGCCACGCUAGGCAAUGACGACGCCGUCCUCGCCGCGGCCGCCGGGCUGGUCGCCGCCGAGCAAAACUUCAACCCUUUCGCCGUCGCGAUCCCGAGCAUCUGCGCCGACGCGAGCCUGCCCGCCACCCCGGAGCUGCAGGGCAUCGUGCCGCUCGUGGACCCGGACGUCGUCGGCGCCGAGGUCGAGAACGCCAACUCGGCGCGCUCGCUGCAGGCGCCCCUUGCCGCUGCGGGGGCGCAGAGCGUCGCCGACAUCGUGGCCGCCAACGGCUUCUCCAACUUCACGGCCGUGGCGGCCGACGGGUCGCAGGUGGCUGUCGCGGCGGGGGGCAACGUCAAUGCUGGUGCCGGUGCUGCAACUGGUGCCGGAGCCGGAGCCGCUGCGGGUAAGGCUAAUGCUGGAGGGAAAGCUGCUGCCGGUGGCGCGAACAAGGUGCAGUGUGGCAACUGA